GAUCCUGCGGACGCUGUAACACAUCAAAGAGGGCUCGCGUGCUUUCUCCUGCCGCGGCAGGAUUUAAACCGUUCAGGAUUUAAAUUGUAGCGACAAAAAUAACCGUUAAGGAUUUAAACUGUAACGGAAAUCCGGUGGAGGCUGUGGAGAGAGCCAGCGUGCUGUCUGACUGAGGUGUCUGAGGUCACACACUUGUGCACAUCAUGACCAGUCGGCCUUUUCUCUGCUCCACUGGCUUCACCCACCUGUAACCCAAAGCCCCAUCCUUCCCAGAGCGGAAGAGUGUUUGUAUAAAAUGUCAGCGUGCAGUGAGUUUGCAGAGCACGUGUGGAAACCAGGAUCCUGUAAGAACUGCUUCCAUCCACAUAGUGCCCACGCUAACACGAAAGGCAGGAAGAGUUUGUGUGGGGACGAAGAGGAGGAUGAAGGCACCUCAGCUUCGCCCUACAUCAAGCCCACUAUCGCCGUCAAGCCUACAAUGAUGAAUUUGGACACAACUGAUCCAGCAGCGGAGUUUACCAUGAACACACAGCAGGUGCAUAAGAGCCCAGUUGGACUGAAGAAUAUCCUGGACCUGUCGUCUCUCUACAUCGACAGUAACGGCUGCAGUAAAGCUCUGAAGGAUGUGAUGUUGCAGAACAGCAUUUCCACAAAGCUGGAUUAUUCAAGCAGGACACCUGUGUCUCCUAAAGCCCUGCCCACCACAGGCUGUGUGUUGAUCAUGCAGGAGGAAUGCCGCAGUCCUAUUGGCCUAAAAGAGACCUUCAGUCCACAGGUGGCCAAAACACCCAAGUGCACUUACAUCACUGCCUGUGAUUCACUUUUACAUCAUCACAAACAGGAAGUGCAAGUCAUAACAAACACAGCUGCAGGAAGUAUAAACGGGAUUGUUAAUGGUGCAUCUUCAGAGACACUCGGUUUUCUUUCGUCACCCACAGCCAUCCCGGAAUCCCUUAACGCCAGUCUGUCAGACUUUUCACAUUGCAGCAGUACAGACUCACUAUCUGGCCUGGCCACGUUCCAGUCAGAGCCCAUCUAUGCUGAGAGCUCAAAGCGGAAGCGCCGUCCUCGCCGGAAUGCUGACAUCUCCGAAGUCAGCGACGAUGGGGAAGGUCAAAGAGCAACCAUCACCGUCAUGGCCGCCCACACGGAAGAGAACAACCGCACCUUUUACCUGAGCAGCCCUGAUUCUGCUGUUAGCACUCAGUGGCUCCAUUUCAGCCCCACGACCCCUGAUGACCCCUCUAGCCCUGUCUUCAACUGGCCAUCUUCCCCUGUCGUCUUGGGAGCGGCCCCAGUCUCCACAGACCAGUCUGUGCAGACUGGGACCAAAGCGAGCCCACCCAUUCCUCCCAAAAGAAAUACACGUUCUCCAAAACUCGGCACGUCUAGUUUGUCUCCUCUUCCUGAGCUUAACUUCCACGUCACUCCACCCCUAAAACAGUCUCAGGGUGACGCCCACUCCUCCUGCCCAGUGCUGAGCAGCUUGUGGAGCUCAGAGCCUCGAGCCGAGGAGGAGAAAAGGGAGGAGGAGGAGAAGAAUAAAACAGAAAGAGAAUGGAAGGACAAGUGUGACUCUACGCCUGGCACCAACGAGAGAGACAACAGUCCCAGUGAGAAACAAGUAGAGAUGAAAACUGACAGCAGCAGCAGUGAGCCCAGACCUCCACUGCCUCCACCCAAAAAACACCACCGCUCCUGUGUUAAGCUCAGUGUGAGCAGUAUGGAAUUGGAUCAGCGGGGAUCAGUGGAGUCGCUCCCUCACUCUUUGAAGGAAACGAGUACAGCCUCAUCAGAUAGCCUGCCGGCUCUGUCCGAUUCUGUUGUUCAGGAGUCAACUCAGCGCUCCUGUCCUGCUCUGUUCCCAAGUCAGAGUACCUGUCCCCCGCCGUUGCCGGAGAAAAAGCUCCUGAGCCGCACCACCUCCUCUGACACAGAGACGAAGGUCAAAGGUCAUGCUGUCACUUCCUGUUCGUCUCCUCAGCUCUCGUAUUCAUCCUCAGCAUCUCUGCAAACACUCCUGAGCAGCGGGGCAAGUCGGGAGAGCGUGUACGCACGGCUGGGUGGACUGUACGGCGAGUGUGUGCGGCGGUUGGCAGUGAAGUGUGAGGAGCGUUUUACACACACACAGAAACGCACACAUCGCUUCUUCAACGAGCACGAGUGGAGUCUGUUCAAACUGAGCUGCAGCCGUGCCGUGUGUGUGACCAGGGACGCCGCGUACUACCCCGCCUCCUGCUCCUCUGACACACACACAUCCUACGCUGUCAAGAUCUGUAAAGGCCAAAACCAGGAGGUGAUGCGGUCUCACCUGUUUGGUCUGUCUGUGCAGCAGUCGAUCCCACCCCACUUUAACCUGCAGCAGGACUGCGGUCAUUUCAUUGCCUGUGUCCCUCUGAGCAUGCUCCCUGGCCAUGAAGAGACUCUAGCCCUGCCUUCUUCCCCACCAGGUCCCACCCCCUCGGAUCAACAGGAGCGUGUGGUGGUGAUCACACGCGACGUGCCGAGUCAGAGCGUGGCAGACUUUGUGAGUGAGUAUCAGUCAUUCCAUCGUUCUCAUCCUGAGGUAUAUGAGCGGCGCGUGUGUUUCCUCCUGUUGCAGCUCUGUAAUGCUCUCGAGCACCUUAAAGUGCACGGUGUCACUCAUCGCGACCUCUGCCUUGAAAACGUGCUCCUGGUGCCCCAGAGACGACCUCCGACCUCUGACCCCACCCCUCAUGAGCCUUUACCUCGCCUCAUAAUUAGCAACUUCUCCAAAGCAAAGCGGCGCUGUGAGGCAGAUGAGAAGCAGCGAGCCGAGCUGACCCGCAUGGCGCCUGAGGUCGUCUCUGCCUCUCAAUAUCGCAAGGUUGAUGAGUUCCAGACGGGGAUCCUGAUCUACGAGAUGCUGCACCUGCCCAAUCCUUUCGAGGCCGUCCCAUCACUCCGAAACCGUCAUUACCGCAUCGACGAGCUUCCAUCCAUCCCCUCAGUUUCCAUCUACUCAUCUGGAUUGGAGCGUCUUGCCCGUCUCCUGCUGCGUCCUGACCCGGGUGAGAGGAUCCAUAUUGUAGAGGCUAAGCGUGGCCUGCAGAGUCUGCUGUGGGGGCCACGCCGAGAGCUCCUCGAUCGGGUCGCUGCUGACAACAGGAAGGACAAGGACCUCGACACACUGUUGAACUGGUUGGAUGUGAAGCGUGCACUGCUCAUGAUGAAGUUUGCCGAGCGGUCGCUGGAACCCGAGAAGAGCACAGAGCUUGAGGACUGGCUCUGCUGUCAGUAUUUCUCCAACACCCACCCACCGUCCCUGCUGCACACUGCCCAGCUGAUGCACAUUAUCAAACCCUCACGCUGAUACAUACCAGUGAGUGUGUACUACAUUCACGUAUUUUCUGCAUUCCUUUCUCCAGUCCCACUGUUUUGAAACAGCUCUCAUUGUCAUGAAACAGCAAGGCAUACGCACAUCUGCUUUGAACACGUUUUUUGCAGAUGGUGCACUUCGGUUCAUAGGUUUUGACUUUCCCACUGGGUGCUAAAUGCAUCAUUCUCACUGCCACAAAGAGACUGCUGUCCUCCUGAGUGUUUCUCCGUGUCAGUUUCACAUAUGCCGAGUCAGCAGAAAUUCCACAGUAAAGGCAGAGAGGGACUAAUAGCUGUGUGCUGAUAUUAAAUCUCUGUAUUGCCAUUGUAAUGACAUUUCAUGUGCAUUUCUAUACAUAUCAGCACUGACAUUACCUCAUGUUGUGUAGUGUUUCUGUAAGAAUUUCAUUAAUCGCCAAGUCUCUGCUGUCAGAUACAGUGAUGCACACUCUCCCCUAUCUAGGGCUCUAAUAUAGAGAUUGCAAUUACGUGUACCAUUUUAUUCUUAACAUUUUAACACAGAUCCUGAACUCUUUAUUUUCUGAUGACCCCAUCCAUCCAUCCAUUACUUGUAGCCGCUUUAUCCUGUUCUACAGGGUCGCAGGCAAGCUGGAGCCUAUCCCAGCUGACUACGGGUGAGAGGCGGGAUACACCCUGGACAAGUCGCCAGGGCUGAUGACCCUUAAAAUGCAUAUAUUAAUAGGCAAAGUGCACUGAUUGGUUGGUGCUCAGUGUUCACCGACCAGAGUUGAGAUUUGCUGUAGAGUCACACAGAGUGAAAAGCCUUGAUUCCUCAAAUAUGAUGUUCAUGUUAUUUCUCAUUAUUUCAAAAUAACAUUUCAGGGUGAACAAUAAUUAUAGGCUGCUGUAGUCUACAGGUGGUCUUUUAUACACUGUGCUGUGUGUUCUGACUGUGGGGGGGGGGAAAGAAAAAAUGUAUAAAACUUGAUUUUCUCCACAAAGAGUCAAUGUAAGACUGAUAUUUUACCCGUAUAAACAUGUACAGAAACUGUGCAAAGCAGAGCUUAAUGCGGCUUCAUCUGAUCACUGAAAUGCCUGUUUGUCUGAUGAGCCAGUGUGUGCGCUGUUUGUUUCUACAGACGGAAUUCAAUGCAAAAAUCAGUGUAGUGGUGCUGUGAAUUAAAAGUGAUGUGCUGCAUAUUAUCACCUGUAAUUAACCUGCUGGAAAUUAAUCAAUAAACUGUAAAUAUCUUUACAGAA